AUGGUCCGUGACGGAGUGCCGAUUCCUGCCAUCAUCGAAGCCACCAAUGGCGAGCUCGCGGGUGAUGUCAAGGAUGCCCUGCAGUGCAUUCGCGACGCCACCGUCAGCAACUCGCACGGCCGCGACGUCUUCGAUGAGCACAGCUCCGACAUCAAGGACGAGAUUCUUUCGUUCAACGACCUGGUGCACAACGCGGAGGCCCCUAUCUUUUUCGACGGACACGCGCACUUCGAGGCUCUCGCAUCACUCGAGGAACUGCUUCCGGUGACCGAUGACGUAGAGGAGGCAGGUGUCGCCGUCGAGAAGUGCGAGCAGGAAGGUGUCGCCGUCGAGCAAUGGGGGCCCCGAAUCUCCAAGCUUGGCGUAGAGGAGGAAGGUGUCGCCGCCGAGGAGUGGGAAACCCGAACGUUCACGGUUGGGCUGCUCGACGGCGCCAUCGACUAUGCCGCGGGCGGGGGUGUUCGCGGGGCCGGAGACACCGCCUCUUCUUUGCUUUCAACGCUCCUGUUCGCGUGUGCGAUCCUGGCGUUGCUUCGAAUCGUCGUGGCCUUCUCCCGCUGCAUCGGGGACGUCGUUCGGGCAUGGAUGGAGGAUACCGAAACACUUCCUGACUUUGGUGGUGUCGAGGAGGGAUUCAUCUGUGACGCGGGGGAUGCGGCGGAUGUGGAUGAGGAAGAGGAGGAGGAUCCCACGGAUGUCGUUGUUUCGGGCCGCAACCAGCCGUCGUCGCCUUCGGUCUCUGAGGAUACCGAUGGGCAGGUUCGGAAGGCGGUGAAGCCGCGGAAGCGGAGUGGCGUGGCUCACGAAACAAGUGAGCUCUGUGAACCCAACCCGACCCACAAGCAUUCCUCCUUACUAUGGCGCCGUGGAAAAGACGCCGUAUCGAACGUGUUGAAGCGUCUGAGCGACCAGUUCAAAACGGCCCGAGCGAUGUUGGCGGAAAUCAAGAAGGCUCGCACAAAACAGGAUACCAGAUCUUUGACAUACUUGCACAUCGAGAAGGCUUUGGGUGACCCGACAGGCCGGGAUUUCAGUGACGUUGUGGAAAAGCUUGAGAAAUUCGACUACGGGCUGUACGGCAUCAAGGUUAUGGGCCAGGGGGGGAGGGGCAGGAGUCGNCACGAGUUCUCUUGUUUCUUCGCGGUGUUUUGUGCAUGGUCAACGUUCAAGUUCAGAAGUACGUUAUCGAUGAUGAUCGCAAGAUCAAGAGAAGGCGUGACGCGGUAA